GAGAAUGUCUGAGACAAUGGGGAACAGAAGAUGAGGCGCUGGAAGAGGGACCAUCAUGGGAGGACAAGCCCCUACACGGGAUGUACCACCGGACCAUAACUGAAGUGGCUGAUCUCAAGAAGUCCUAUCAGUGGCUAGAGAGGGCUGGCCUGAAGGACAGCACAGAGGCACUCAUCCUGGCUGCUCAGGAGCAGGCCUUGAGCACCAGAGCCAUCGAGGCCCAGAUAUACCACACCAGACAAGACCCAAGGUGUAGGUUGUGCAAAGAGGCACCUGAGACGAUCCAACACAUAACUGCAGGGUGCAAGAUGCUGGCAGGGAAAGCCUACAUGGAACGCCAUAACCAGGUGGCUGGCAUAGUCUACCGAAACAACUGUGCGGAGUAUGGACUGGAAACCCCAAGGUCAAAAUGGGAAACACCUCCGAAGGUGGUGGAGAAUGACAGAGCGAAGAUCCUGUGGGACUUCCAGAUCCAGACUGACAAGAUGGUAAUGGCGAACCAACCAGAUAUCGUGAUCAUAGAUAAAGGGCAGAGGAAAGCCGUUGUAGUGGAUACUGACAAGAUGGUAAUGGCGAACCAACCAGAUAUCGUGAUCAUAGAUAAAGGGCAGAGGAAAGCCGUUGUAGUGGAUGUAGCGGUCCCAAGUGAUGGAAACAUCAGGAAGAAGGAACAUGAGAAACUCGAGAAAUACCAAGGGCUUAGAGAGGUGCUGGAGAGAGCCUGGAAGAAGUAA